UCGGAAGGAGGUACACGCGGGUCGUAGAGUCUUGGAUGUUUAUUUUUUGCUUAUUUAUGUACAUCCAUGUGUUUAUUUCUAUCAUGUUGUAUCAUCCAUAUUGUUUCAAUGUUAAAUGGCAACAUUUACGUUCAAUCACGCCUUUUAGCUGGAAAAUAUGACGCAUUCAAUCAUCUUGCGAAAACUCUCCGCCAUUCCUCAUGACGUAACCCAUCUAGCGUCGUGUGAAGGUUUUUGUGAAAAUUGUACUCAGGACGGUGGUGUAUAUUCGUUCCCAAUAAUGAAGACUCCAAUAUAUGUAUUAUUUCUUAUAAUUAAGUGAUGAACAAGUGUACUAGUGUUAUUUUAAUUAUAUUAGUAGAAUGUUAAAGACGUGUGAGGAGUAAUUUACAAUUAUUACAAUGUCCUAAAGAAAGAAAACCAUGGAUUCAGUCCGAGCAUUCAACGCAGAGCUGUCAGCUCUGUAUGAGGUGAAACCACCUAUAUCAAAAGCCAAAAUGACUAGCAUAACUAAAGGAGCUAUCAAAGCCAUAAAAUUCUACAAACAUGUUGUUCAAAGUGUUGAAAAAUUCAUUCAGAAGUGCCGGCCUGAGUAUAAGGUUCCUGGACUAUAUGUUAUUGAUUCAAUUGUUCGGCAGUCGAGGCAUCAGUUUGGAGCUGACAAAGAUGUUUUUGCUCCCAGAUUUGCAAAAAAUCUGCAAAAUACUUUUGUACAUCUUUUCAAGUGCCCACCAGAAGAAAAGAGCAAGAUUGUCAGGGUGCUGAAUUUGUGGCAGAAGAACUCCGUUUUCCAAUCUGAGGUUAUACAACCUCUUUUUGAUCUUGCAGAUCCAAAUCAUCCGAUACACAAGGAGCAGGCGCAAGUAAACACCCCAAAUAAUGGCUCAAUAACAACUAUGAAUAAUGUUGGGAAAACACCACCUCAGUUAAACAGAACACCAAACAAGACUCCUUCAUCAAAUAAUAAAUCAACCGAUAGCAGCACACCUUUGUGGACAUCUCAAAGUGAUUCAAGCAACAGUUCUUCACUUCAAGUUUCAAACCAAGCUGUUGACACUGCAAGUUUGAAUAGCAAUCAGGUGUGUGCAGAAGUGGUCUCUGGCAAUGGAGCAUGUGACCCGGCUCUUAUACGACAGCUACAACACUUACAGUUGUUACUGCUACAACAACAACAACAGCAGCAGCAGCAGCAGCAGCAGCAGCAGCAGCAGGAGUCUGGUUCUCGAUCUCAAACUGAUCAGCAGCUGGUACAACAGCAGACACAGCAGCUGCCCAUACAUCAAAUACAACAGUCACAGCAACAGCAGCAGCAGUUGCUGCAACAACAGCCACAGCUACAGCUACAGCAACAGCCACAGCUACAGCCACAGCAACAACAGCACCAACAGCAACAGCAGCAGCAACAACAGCAGCCACAGCAGCAGCAACCACAAAUACAGUCUCCAUUGUCUCAACAAGUACAGCAACAGAAUCAGCAGCACCAAACAACAGUGCAGUCAGUUGAAAUGCAGGCUGUGCAAGUGCCGCAGCAGACGCAGGCUCAGUCUCAAACUCAAACUCAGACUCACACAAUAUUAUCUGCCGUUACUUCACAGCCAUCAGCUACUGGACUUGACAGCAUUUUAUCAAACCCAGAACUCAUACGGCAGCUUCAGAACAUACAGCAGCAGAUAUCACUCCAACCAGUCAAUCAAGAAUCUGAGGAUAACCUAAGGAAGUUACAAGAAAUGAAACAGCAAGAAGAGGAAUUUGACAAACAUUUGAAUCAAACAGUGCAGAGCCACCCCUUCACUUCAGACUGUGAUCCUAGAACGGCAGGUGACAUUAAAACCACUACUCCGACUCCUUUUGAAAAAGUUGAAAUAGAACAGCACAAACCUGCAUACACAUAUCCAGUUCUCAACAUGUCUCAUCCUCCACCAGGAUUCAUAUCAGAAACCAGUAAUGCUGCAACAACUGAUAAUCACAAAAGUCCACUGGAAGAUGGUGAACAUGCUGAUUCUGAAGUGGAGUUUGUUGACAGAACUGUGCAACAGGAGAAUGGGAACUCAGUGGAAAUAAUAAACCUCGAUCGCAGCAGAUCUGGCAGUCCAUCAGUCAACUCAAAGAACUACAGGCGUAGGCACAGUCGUUCUCGGUCACGAGAUCGUCGCCAUGGUAGAAGAUCCAGGUCGAAAUCAUCCGACAACAGAGCACGAUCACAGUCAAGGCAAAGGAGGAGAAGGUCAAGGUCACGAGACAAAGAACGUGAUCGAGAGAAGGACAAAGAACGAGAGAGGGAACGGGAGAAGGAGAGGGAGAGAAGAAAAAAAGGUCUGCCACCAUGUAAGAAAGAACAUUUGAGUGUUUGUAGCACAACUCUUUGGGUUGGACAUUUGUCAAAGUUGGUUCAUCAGGAAGAAUUAUCAGACACCUUUGGAGAAUAUGGUGAUAUAGUAUCAAUAGAUCUGAUACCACCUCGAGGUUGUGCCUUCAUAUGCAUGAAUCGACGACAGGAUGCUUUUAGAGCACUACAAAAACUAAAAAAUCACAAACUACAAGGAAAGGCUAUUACACUUGCGUGGGCCCCAGGUAAAGGAGUGAAGGGGAAAGAGUGGAAGGAUUACUGGGAAGUUGAUUUAGGAGUAUCUUACAUUCCUUGGGAUAAGCUCACUCAAGCAGCAGAUUUAGAUGCUUUAGAAGAAGGUGGCAUGAUUGAUGAAGAAACUGUGCCUGAUUUUCUGAAAGCUCAGACUCAGCAACAGCAGCCGCCGCCACCACCGCCGCCACCGCCACCUCCCCCGCCACCUGGACCACAGCAGCAGCAAGAACAGCAGACCACCGCAUCAGACCCAGCAGUAUCUUCAGCUCUGUCUCCAGCUCCAACCCCAGCUCCAGCCCCAGCCCCAGCUCCAGCAGCUUAUAUUCCGCUACCAGAUGGAAUUCCUGUACCAAGCACAGCUGCCCAAAAUGUUGACACCUCCCAGCCACCUCCACUGCGAACUGCUGAUAUAACUGGUGUAACAGCUCCAGCUGGAGUUCCUGGGCUGCCUGCACAAAUUCCUACUGCUGUUCCUCCACCCUCUGGACCUCCAGUGCCCAUUGUAACACCAUUUGGGAUUCCUAAUGUGCCUCCACCCAUUAGCAUGACAAUGGGACAUGGUAUUAUGCCUAGUGUGCCAAUUGGAGUACCACCACCAGGUAUGCAGAGUUUGCUGAUGCCUGGGAAUCAGAUGGUCCACCACCAGCAGAUGAUGGGUGGGGUACCUCAACCAGUGAACUCCCCAUUUACUUCAACUGCUGGUGGCCCAGUGGGAAUGAUGACAGGCCCAGUGCAUGGACAGCUUUCACAGAUCCCAUUGCCUGCACCUGCUGCUCCACAGGAUAAAACAGCAACUGGUCUUCCACAUGGUACUCCUCCUGCUCCUGUUGGAGUUCCACCUCCCACAUCGGAGGCAAACCUUCCAGGCAUUAGUGAAGCUUUGCUCAGAGUUCCUUUUGGGGUACCUGCACAGAUGCAACAACUAGCAGGUGUUCAGGUGCCUAGAAUUAGCCGUGAUGACACUUCCAACAUGGAUAUGGAUAUGGAAGAUAUUGAUGGUAAAGCAAACAGUUCUGCAGACUCAUCAUCCAGGGUUGCUGGUCAAAUUCUUGCAGGUGUUGGCCAUGGAAUGUCACCAUUUUCGGCACCUCCGCCAAAUCACAUGGGCCCAUUGUCACACCAUCAGAACUCUGGUCAACAUCUUGGUGAUCAUAAUAGUCGUCAGAAUAAUUCAGUGCUUGUAAAUGAAUUGGAUUCCCUGAAAGAGGGCAGUGGGGAUUAUCCAGGACAGGUUCGCGGCAGAGAAAGGAACCGUGACAGAGACAGAGAUAGGGAAAGAGAUAUAAGGGACCGUGAACGUGAUCGAGAUCGUGAUAGAGACAGAGGUCGUGACAGAAAUCGUGAUCGUGAUAGGGAUCGUGAUCGUGAACGUGACAGGGAUCGAGAUCGUGGCAGUAGAUGGAGUGACAGAGAUAGGGAUAGAAGAGAUCGUGACCGUGAUCGUGAUAGGGAUCGAGACAGGCCAGAUAGGAAAGAUCCGUCAGCUCCUGAUACACCUUCUACACCAUGGUCAGAAAGAGGAGAGAAACCAAGUCUUCUGGAACGCCUAAGGAGCCUAGCGAAUGAUGGAAUUGCAACUUGUAACAAAGAGGAAGCCAGGCAUGGUUUCAACAUAAGAGAGGGUAAAGCAACACAAGAAAGAACAUCUGCUGAAAGAGAACGGCCUAAGGAUCGUGAGAGGGACCGUAAUCGUGGUCGGGACCGCGAUAGAGAAAAGGAGCGUGAACCAGAUCGUGAACGCAGUCGAGACAGGGAACGUGAUCGGGAUCGAGACCGUGAACGUGAUCUUGACCGGGAUCGAGAAAGGGAUGCUACUGGACCACCAGUGUUUCCUGGUCCUAGAAGUGACUUCAGGCCUCCAGGUCCUGAUGGGUUCAUUCCUCCAGGACAAAUGGGUUUUAGGCCACCAGGUCCAGGACAGUUUUUAGCAAGAGGGGUUACUGAACCGUUGCCACCAGGACAUGAGAGAGAGAAUUUUGAUCCUAGGGGACCACCACCUCAUGAGAUGUUUGAAGGUCGACAGAGACCUGAUGACUUUGUACAGAACAGGGAAGACUUUGAUCAUAGAAGAGGUCAUGAAGAUUUUCCUCCAAGGGGGCCACACCAUGCAGAAGAUUUCAAUAUGUCUUUGAGAACAGACGAUUUUGAACGCCGAGGGCCUUCCCGUGGACCGCCUGUUGAAGAGUUUGAACCGAGAGGCCCAUAUCCUGAUGACUUUGGCCGUGUGCGAGGUCCUAGACCAGACAUGUUUCCACCUCGAGGCCCAGAAAUGUUUGGACCAAGAGGAAUGAUGGGCCCCAGAGGUCCAAUGCGACCUGAAGGCUUUGGACCUCGUCCAAUGCUAAUGCGUGGACCUGGACCCAUGUUCCACCCAAGAGGACCACCUCAUCCAAUGGCAAUGAGAGGAAUGGGACCAGGACCGGGACCGGGGCCAGGACCAGGGCCUGGUCCAAGACCUGGUAUGUGGAUGGAUAAUCAGGGACCUCCUAUGUAUCCACCAAGAGGAUUCGAAGGACCUCCUGGCGAGGGCCCACCGCCAGAUGGAUUCUUUCAGAGACCACCAUUUGAUGACAUGGAGCGGCGGCAGUGGGAAGAUGGGAGGCAUGCACGGGGCCGUGGACAGGGUCCAAGAAGAGGUCCUGGAACACCUGGACCUGGAUUUGCUCCUCAUGCAGGAAACCGUAGACGUGAGGAGGAGUCACCACUACUUCAGAGUCCAGCAAAGCGUGCAAAAGCUGAGGAUUUGCCAUCCGCAGAAAAAUGUAAGGAGGAGAAGGUAUUUAGAAAAUCAGAAAGGGAUCGUAAUAGGCGGUCCCGGUGGAGUAGUGCUUCUCCUAAAGAAGACAAGUUUGAGGAAGUUGGUGUGGAAAAUAAUAGUGACACUACGUUUAAAAGGUCAGGGGCAGUAGAUGAAUCAUCAGUGUGUUCUAUAAAAUCUGAAGAGCACUGUGAACAGAAAGAAAGUGUUAAUUCUGAGAAAUGUGUGACUUCAGAAUCUGCAACAGAUCUAGACUGUGGGGAAAACACUCCUUGUCCAAGUAACAAUCAGUCGGACCACCAAAAGCAAGUCAUGGAUAAUGAAUCACAUGUAAGUUCCCAAGGUGAACCAGGAAAUGAUCAAGAGUCAUCCGCUGCAGUGAAUUUUGAUAAUACCACAGAAGUGAGUUUUUCUGGUGCCAGAGAAAAGAAUUUUGGUGACACCUCCAAAGUGUUUCUCAGCACAGAACUGUCUCAUACAGAUACCACCGAAGUCAAUUUCCCUGACGGAAUUGAAAUGAUUCACACCAAUGAAGUGAUUCAUACUGACACCAGUCAGAUUAAUUCUCCUGUCGCCUCUGAACUAGUUCAUUCUGACACCACUAAAGUGACUCACACUACUGAAGUGGUAUGUACUAACACCACUGAGGUGCUUCAUACUGACACAACUGAGGUAGUUCGCACCGACACCGUUAAGUUGGUUCAUACUGAGACCACUGAGGCAUAUCAUAGAGACACCGCCGAUACAUUUCGUACAGAUGCCACUGGGGAAUUUCAUGAAGACACAAAUGAGGCAUUUUGUGAAGACACGAAUGAGGCAUUUUGUGAAGACACAAAUGAGACAUUUCGUGAAGACACCAAUGGGGCGUUUCAUGAAGACACCAAUGGGGCAUUUCACGAAGACACCAAUGGGUCAUUUCACGAAGACACCAAUGGGGCGUUUCACGAAGACACUAGUGAGGCAUUUCAUGAGGACACCAAUGGGACGUUUCAUGAAGACACCAAUGGGGCAUUUCAUGAAGACACCAAUGGGGCAUUUCAUGAAGACACCAAUGGGGCGUUUCCUGAAGACACCAAUGGGGCAUUUCAUGAAGACAUCAGUGGGGCAUUUUGUGAAGAAACUAAUGGGGCCUUUCAUGAAGAUCCAAAUGAGGCUUUUCCUGCAGACUCUACUAGUGCAUUUCAUCCAGACUCUACUGAAGGGUUUCAUGCUGAUUCUACUGAUGAGUUUCAUGCUGAUUCUGCUGAUGAGUUUCAUGCAGACUCCACUGAGGCAUUUCAGACAGAUGCCACUGAUGUAUUUCAGACUGACACCACUGAGCCGUAUCAGUCAGAUGCCACUGAUGUGUUUAAUACAGACACUACUGAUGUGUUUAAUACAGACACUGCUGAUGUGUUUAGUACAGACACCAAUGAAGUGUUUCAGUCAGAAUCUGCUGAUGUGUUUCGUACUGAGGCCACAGAGGUAUCUCAAACUCCAAGCACUCAACUAUCUGAUAAUGACACCACUCAAGUGUCUGAUGCUGAUGUCACUCAAGCGUCUCAUAGUGAUGAAACUUCAGCAUAAUAAGCUACAUAUUUACAAAUAUUUUGAUACAUUUCUCUUACCCCGCAAAAUUUUUUGAAACACUCUUAUUUUCAGAUAUUCCAGUUCCUCAACUACUAAAUGUGAAUGAUGUUUUAGUCUCAAGACUAAUUCACAGAAACAUGGGGAAUGAAAACUGAUAAAAGUGUUUAACUGAAGUAAUAAUGCACAGGUAGUCUCCGACUUACUGAUGCCCAAUCAUUCAGUCUUUUUAAGAAUCAGAUUACUGUAAAUUGGGUUAUAGGUCACUCCUUAUUUCUUACUUUUGAUAGUUAUUGUCUUAUGUUAAGAAUGUCUCUUUUUGGUCACCAAUCACAAGGUUGAUUCUUGUCACUUAUCAGCUAUUCGCUUCAUUUCUGUAUAACUGUUGCACCUCAUGUCAUUAAUGGUUUGCCUUUUGCACUCAUAUCUAAACCUGCCUGUGAGAUUCUUUCCCCCUUCUGUUCCUUCAACUAUGGUUUUUAGAAACAACAAAUUUUGUAAUGUGUGCCAACCAUCCUAUUUCUCUGUUUCAUUAUGCUCUUUAGUAUAAUUUUUUCCUGUUGACUCAUUGCAAUAUGUUCCAUUUUAUAAAAAUCAUUUGAAAGGAAAUGUAAUGCAUUUGCUUAGUCUCUGUUUCUGUUGCCUCCAAAAUAGAAAUCUCAAUCUUGUCAUCCUAUGAAUGAAGAUGUUUUGCUGUAUCAGUCACAGAUUUUGUUUACAUUUUUGAAAGGUAUUACGCAUUUCAAAAACGGUCCACUUGUCAGGUGUCCUUACAGUUAGUUGCAUUUACGUGAUAGUUCUCUGUAUUUAAAUUCAGUUAAUUUCAUCAAAAAGUUGGUGCUGCUCACCGGGAGCACUUCCUGUGAAUGCGUCAAUGGUAAUUUUGUAAUUUCAGUAUCUUCUUUUAAACAACCCUCUCUAACAAAAGAAUACAAUGCUUGCAUGCAAACUUUUGUGGCUCAAUGGCAAAGCAUGUUAAUAAUCCCAUGUUUACAUUCUUGUGUCACUUUUUCGGAAAUGUUUCAAGUAAAUAAGUCAAUUCCAUGUUCAAAAAAUAAGUAGGACACGUGCAGACCCAAUUUAUUUAUUUAUUUAUUUUUCACUAGAAAACAAUUGUGAAUGCUCUAAUUGUCAAUUAAUUUUUUCCUAUGAACUGCAGUGUGACUUUCUUUGUAAAAAGGAAUCAAAUACAACGUGAUAUAAGUAAAAGAAGGUAAACACACAGUGUCAUUCAAAAAUUUAUUAUGUUGCUCCUAAUAUAUAACAGUGAACAGUUGCGUUCUUGUUCAGCUGUAAUUUCAUUUUCCCCAGUCACCAUGACUCAUUGUGCCCUUUCUCCUUUCAGAUCUUUUUUUCCUUGAAGAUUUCAACUUAGAGCAUAAAAUGACUUUUUUCUGACAUGAUGACGUAAAGCUUGCACUUUUUCUUCAGAUCUACAAAUUAUACCUAGGAACCCAUAAUUUCAUACGUAUUUCAGUUACAGUAUUUCAAGAGAUAUUUUGAUUAGAUAUAUGUUGUCACAUUUUAUCAUAGCUUAAGCCUGUAUUAGGUUGAAGACUUCCUGUGCAGUUAAAUGUGUGAGCACCCCAUGGUGUUUGUGUGACACACAUUUGUUAUAUCUGUGUUUUUCUUGUGUAAUGUAAAGGAGUACUUGCUGAGGAGAUUGGAACAAAUAUUUUAAAAUUUCGUGUACUAAUAAUUUUUGUAUGUUUUGCUAAUUUGUUGCUCCUUUAAUAGUGUUUCUGUGUUGAAAUGUGCACGUCCAUCUUGUUUUGAUUGAUGAAUGUAAUGGUGAAAUACUAUUAAUUUACCAUAUUUGCAGUUAAAAUUAAUUAUGUUGUUAAGUCUUAUGAUAGAAUUCUAAGUACAAGGUGCACGAAAAUUGCCAUCCUUAAAAGACUGUUUUUGGGCAUGCAAGUGAACACAGGACAAUUUUUGAAUAAAGACAAAGAAAUUUUUAUCUGUGAUAUAUACAAGCAACUCUUGUGGAGUUAGUUAUUUUUUAGAAUAACCACAUUGGUUUAUGAUCAAGUUUUUAUUCAUAGUGUUUUAUGAAAAUGUUGUUUUAUUAAAAGUUUUCAUUUCCAAACUGUUCUGAGUAGUUGCAAAAUGGCUGGUUUUCAACAUGCUUUCUUUCCACAUAGCAUCUGAGAAUCUGAACUAUUUUUAUUAUUGACACAAUGUGUUCCCUCAAUAGAAAGACAAAAUGUUCGGAGUGAUAUGUUAUAUAAAUAAUAAACCUCAUUCAUUUCCCUCCCUUUGUUCAUCCAGAAGCGUUUUCCUUAUUUAAAAGUUUUUAAUGUCAUCAUUAGUUGGGACCCUUUCUUUUAAUUGUUCAGUUGACAUUAUAAAUUUAACUGUCGUGUAGGUCAGGCUUCCCAAUUCAUGUCAGUGUUCGGGAAUGUAUAAUGAAAACAAUGGGUACAAUAUUUACAAAUCUAUUUGUACAUACCUAUUUUUCUAAUUCAUUACAAGUUAUGAUGUUAUGUAUCAAUUUUGCAAUAAAGCCAGCAGCAUUUUCUGCAAAA